AUGCCACCACCAAAGCUCGCCGAUCUCUCCUAUCUUCAGGUCGUCGACCUGUGUGAUAACGUUGACCUUCGACGAGAUGCCCCAGACUUUCUGUACGACGCCAAAUUCGACGUCACCGAGCAACUGAUACCGUUCGCCUUGACUGAAGACAUCGAUAGUCCUAUAAUCGGCCUUUUAAGACCUCCCAUCGUCAAGGAGCUCAUCGCCGACAACGCUCGCAAUCGACAGCAGGGUACACCCGAAGUAUGGAACCUCCGCUUGGAACCCUCAGAACACCGGACUCUGAGCAAUGGUCGGUCAGUUGGACCAUGCAUUAGCUUUCAGAGCUGGCUGGACGACCACGAGAAGAGGACAGCCGCGAUGAAGGAGAUCUGCGAGCGAUGGCGAGAUACUGGGCUAUUCAGCGAAGUCUGUGGCCCCACAAAAUGGCGAAACGAGAUGUAUCCUAUCUACGCAGACCCCUUUGGCGCCCAUGACCACCCGACUGCGCCUCUGCCCGACCGACCGCUGAACUAUGUCUUCGAGAUGGAGCGAUCUGCUUGCGCAUUGUUCGGGGUCAUCACCUAUGGGGUUCACAUGACUAUCUACGAGCACAACGUGGAUGACGAUGGCCAAACGAACCUCAAAAUCUGGGUUCCAACCCGUGCGUUGACCAAACCCACUUGGCCGGGUUUUCUCGACAAUACCGUCGCUGGAGGCAUUCCAAGCGGCAUGUCGCCUUUCGAGUCUUUGGUGAAGGAGUGCAUGGAGGAGGCCAGUCUUCCUGAUCAUGUCGUCCGGAAGCACAUCAAGGCCGUUGGGGCGAUAAGCUAUACGAUAAGAACGACCAAAGGGUGGCUUCAACCCGAAGUGGAAUACGUUUACGACCUCGUCAUCCCACCUAACAGUGACCCCGCAUUGUUCCAACCAAAACCCCUGGAUGGCGAGGUCGAGUCCUUCGAGCUCAUGUCACAGGAGCGCGUGAUAAAAGAACUACGCGCAGGCCAGUUCAAACCGAACUGUGGAAUGGUCCUGAUCGACCUGUUCAUCCGCCUGGGCAUUAUCACGCCGGACAACGAACCCGAUUUUAUGAAGAUCGUUACCCGACUACACGGCCAGUUCGACUAUUCGAAAUGGAAGCAAUGA